CCGUUGGAAGUUACGCGCUGCUUGCGCUAGUCUGCCGGCGCGAGUCGCGGAGUCCGUAUAGCGUCGCUCGCGUUACGAGAACUCACCCUUAACAUUGGUAGCCGGUCCAAGUCGCCGUUAACGCUGCACUACGUUGCCGAACUCCGAUGGGAACGCGGCUACGGCGCCUCCUCGGCUAGUUUAACGAGAAGACGCGUCAAGCGUCUUUUUCCUUUAUUAACGCGUCGAAGCGCAUUUACGAAGCACGAAUACACGGAAAGCGGGAUAAUGGACGAUUUCGAAAGUUUGUGACGGACUGUUCAUUAGUUCGAUACUCGACUGCCGAAGAUACCGUAGUACCCGAUAUAACGUAAAGCCAUGUAAAAGGGAAUGAAAAAAAUUCUCCACGCACACGAGUCCGCUCAACUUUAGCUGCCACUCCGAGAAUGUUUCGACAGUCACCCUUACGAUGGGGUUAUGCAAACACAAUUACCAGUGACGUUCAACGUGCGCCCAGCAAUACAUUCGCGAAACGCACCCGAACACGUAGCGACUCUUUGCUAAUUUUCAACAUCAAAGAGACAACAGGCCACAUUGUGACAGCUGUCAUGAUUCUCGAAACUGUCACGUCACGCGACGAAUUAUACGAAUUCGACGCGUGCAUGUUUCAUGACGUCAACCUUCUUUAGGCUCCACUCCGAUGUGCUUACGUGCCCCAUAAAUAUUACGUAUCUACGAGGGCUUAUGCUUUUGUCCAAGGAACAGAUGCGACUGUCACAGUGAAAUGCGCGAAAUCAUCUCGUACUCGAAUGGGGGACGUAGUGAAGUGCCGUGGAUGUUCUAUAGUUAAUUAACGGAACGACGAGUUUCUUAAUAACCUCGUUAAACUCGCCGCUUCGUUAUCCAGGGUGGAGUCGAGCGACGCCGUCACGUGGAGAAGAGACCAAAAAAUUUACCAUGAAAUAGCCGACACCGUGGAAUGGAAUAGAGCAGCAGGUCCUACGUUCUAGGAUUACAAUGGCGGACAUACAGAGAAGGAGUCGAUACUUGACAAUCAGCAUAUUGCACAUUAUUACCAUAAUGUGUCAAGCUCUAUCGGACGGACCCAGAUUCGCCGAACCGAUACCCAACGUCACCGUCGCCCUGGGCAGAGACGCCAAUUUACCAUGCGUCGUCGAGAACCUGGGUACCUACAAGGUCGCCUGGAUACACAUAAACAGACACAUGCUGGUCACCAUGCAUACCAGAGUCAUCGCCAAGAUACCAAGAUUCUCGGUGUCCUAUGAUAAUCAAAAGACUUGGCUGCUGCACGUUAGCAGCGUUCAGAAACAGGACAUAGGCUAUUACAUGUGUCAAGUAAAUACGAAUCCCAUGAUCAGUCAAGUGGGAUAUCUCGAGGUUGUAGUACCGCCAAACAUAUUGGAUUCCAUGUCUACUCAAAGCACCGUUGCUGUUAGGGAGAAUCAAAAUAUCACCCUAACGUGCAGGGCCGAGGGUAUACCGACGCCUACUCUAAUGUGGAGACGAGAGGACGGUCAGGGUAUCUUCGUGGAUCGUCGAGGAAAAGUCGUCAUGUACGACGGCGAACAGCUGAACUUGACGAAAAUUUCGAGGACUCAGAUGGGAGCCUACUUGUGCAUCGCUAAGAACGGCGUCCCGCCUACAGUCAGCAAAAGGAUCAUCGUGGAUGUCGAAUUUUCACCAAUGAUCUGGGUGCCGAAUCAGCUGGUUGGCGCUCCUGCCGAUACCAACGUUACCAUCGACUGUCACACGGAGGCUCACCCACGUGCCAUCAGCUAUUGGAUCUUCAAUAGCACCAUGGUGCUGUCCAAUGAGAAAUAUUUCACGCACACAGUCGAGAACAGCUACAGGACUCACAUGAGGCUUACCAUACGAAAUCUGCAAGCUGGCGACUUUGGAAACUAUAGAUGUAUCAGCAAAAACUCUCUCGGAGAGACCGAGGGCUCCAUUAGAUUGUACGAAAUACCAAAACCAUCAGCGCCGCCAAAAGCCACGGAAAUCAAGAGCAGCGCCAACAAAGAAGGACGAAAGAGCACCCCGGCCCCGCCGAAACGGCUGACGACCGUGUGGCCAGCUUCUUACAAGCCGUACUAUCCAAAAAGGACCGAGCGACCUCCGUCGAGCGAGGAGAAGCUCGAAAGGCCAGAGCAGAAGCCACGAGGUCACGCAAGCACAGGAAGCGCGUAUAUCAUAAGGUGGAGUGCGCCGCAGCUGAUGAUCGUCGCGGUGCAGUAUAUGCUAACGGGACCUUACGUGCCACCGUACGUCGCGCAGAAUGCCAACUGAGGAGGAUCGCUCGAGGGAUGAAGAUUCCGGAUACCCGAGAUAGACAGAGAGAGAUGAAAAAAAAAGAAAGGAUUGAUUAACAGGUAGAACGGGAAUUGUCAAAAGCGCGCAUGGGUACCCGUACGCGUACUGUGCCUUUGCAGGAGAAAU